UGUUUAUGUUGAGGUGAGAGACGAGUGCAGCUGCUGCUGGUCAGUAUUAGUUUAGUAUUAGGGUUAAAAUGUUUCCUAAUGAUUUAUAUAUUUUUUGUUUGUUUAUUACCUACAUUGAGUUCUAAAACAGAGUCAAUUUUCUGUUUCAUUUAAGAACUCAGACAGACUGGACCGGGAAAGUUACUCCUUGCAAAAGUAAAACGAGUCUGUUUGUUUUUUUCUUUAUCACACUAGAAGUGAUGAUUUUAUAUAAAUGUUAAUUAUCCGGUAAAUAAAUACUAAAAGCAAAGAGGAUUCUGCUACUCGAGUCUCAAGCUAACAGUCAGUGAAGAUGGACGUCAGCGUCUCCGUGUCGUUCUUUCAAGACGAGCUCGCCUCUACCAUCGAGCACGCAGUGAAAGCGGCUGUAGACACCGUCUUGUGCCAAAUCACAAAAGUUGUCGGCGGCAAAUUCACUGAAUUCCGAAUGGAAAUGGCUGGAAAGGAGAAAGAGAAUGAAAGUCUGAAGCUGAGAUUGGAAAUAUCAGAGAGCGAGUUGAAAGCAGUGCGGGAAUGCAUGAACGCUGCAGAUGCAGACAUUAAACAACCUCUCAGAAACAUGAACCCCGACUGCAAUGAACAAGACUUUCAGAGGAACGAGAACCAGGGAUUAUUGCAAGAUCCCAAAGAGAGCCAUGCUAUGUCUAAAUCUGAAGCACAGGAGGGGCCAAGGAUAGAAGCAGUUUACACACAAGAGGAGUCCUUUGACCAGGAGUGGUGUGCAAGUCUAAAGCAGGUUACAGAGCUGACAUGUGUUAAAGAUGAAGAGGUCCCUCGACUGGAAUGUGUUCCUAUUAAAGAGGAAUUCAUAGAACAAGAAUGUGUCCCCGUCGCAGAGGAAGUUCCUACUGAAAAUAAUGUCUGUACACUUGAGGAGAACAACAAGCUGGGAUCCAGCCUGUGUGAUGAUUGUCCACCUGAAUGUGAACUGGGAUUUAGAGCUGCUAAAGGAAAUAUCACAGGAGAGACUAAUUUAUCACAGGAUAAAAUCCACCAGUGCGUUCAAACAGGAGAGAAACCUCACCACUGCACAGAGUGUGGGAAGAGAUUUGGUCGUUUAUCACAUCUUAAAAUCCACCAGCGCAUUCACAGAGGAGAGAAGCCUUAUCCCUGCACGGAGUGUGGGAAGAGAUUCAGUCGUUUAGCAGACCUUAAAAGACACCAGCGGAUUCACACAGGAGAGAAACCUUAUCACUGUACUGAGUGUGGGAAGAGAUUCAGCCGUUCAUGGUACCUUAAGAGACACCAGUGCAUUCACGCAGGAGAGAAACCCUAUCACUGCACUGAGUGGGAAGAGAUUCAGUCAUUUAUCAUACCUUAAGACACCAGCGCAUUCACGCAGGAGAGAAACCUCAUCACUGCAAUGAGUGUGGGAGAGUUUCACAUAUUUAAGUUCCCUGAAAAUCCACCAAAAGAGAAAUCUGUAGUGAAUGUUUGAAGAGUUUCUGUCAGUUAUCAAACCUUAAGACACCAUAAAUUCAAACGUAUAGUCAAGUUGGGUCUUGAAGGACACAAGAGAAUUCACAGAAGUUCAGCCACUUGAGGACACCUGAACACCAGGAGUAAAUUUGACUAAAAUACAGAAAUGUUUACUGAAAACAAGAGAAUAAACUUGCGUGAUAAAUAGGGUUAUUCCUAAUAACUUCUGAUCAUAAAUUUACACUCCCGGAUGGAAAAUAUGAACUACUACAUCUUGUUUGGACCAUUGAUCAUCUUGUUGACCAUACCGAUUUUGUUACAUCACAUUAGUAAUCUUAUGAGAUAGAUUGUAAUUGCGUCUACAAGAUCCUACUUGUGUCUCAUGCUUUGCUCAGUCGCUUAGUUUAAACAUUAAGAUUAUUAAAUGUAACCAAGUCUCCAGCUCUUUCAAGUCAGUGCUAAGCUUUGGUCAAUUCUUAACUUCACACCACAAGCAUUGUUUUGUUCUUGAUAAGCUGUGACUGCACUAUAACUAGGGCUUCUGAUUUUUUGUGACGCCCCCCCCCCCCCCCCCCCCGACUUUUCUACUCUCCUUUAAAAAUUCAUGAUUGAUUCCUACUCAGUCACAACUGAGAAAUGCAUUAAUAGUAAAAUUGAUUAAAUUUUUUUCUAUGGAACAACUAAAUGGGCUUUAAAUCGUAAGUCUUUUGCAUUUAAAAGCAGAAGCGACUCAUCUUUAGGAACGUGAAUACAGUUACACAUAACGAUUGUAAUAAAGUGUGUCCAGCAAAACGCUUUUAUUUUUCAUUAUAUCUUUAAUAAAGACUAGUCGCUUAUUAACAUGCUGUGAUCUCGUUUGUGCGUUCUGCUUGUAAAUUAAAAAUUAAGGCUUGGCUGAUUUUAAAAUCCAAUUUUGUUGCUUCACAGAAAAAGAAUAAACAACCUGUAAAUUAAAUCCAUUUUCUCAGUUGUGAUUGAGUUACGCAAAUGGCUUAACAGGUAUCAAUUUAAUUCUUAAAGGAGAGUAUAAAAGUCUGGGUAAAAUACCGCAAAUCAGAAGCCCUGAAUAUAAUGCCCCCAAUAUACAAUUUCACAAUGGGAAUGGAAAAACUGAUUUUUAUCAGUAACUUGAGAAUGAAUGACAAAUGUGUAUACCUUGAAAAUGUCCCCUCUUGGAAUUAUUAAAUCAUGAUUUUUUUUGUUUUAA